AUCAAUUUAGGCUGCGUUUUUCAUUUUAAUUGUUAAUUAUUUAUUCUGCCUCGACACACUUGUCAGACGGAACCCUCAAAACUGCGUCGUUUUUGUCCACGUCGGACUAAGGUCACCGGCAGUUCCCGUUUCCAAGUAACCUCUCUCUCUCUCUCUCUCUCUCUUAACAUCUGUGGAAUUGGAUUAGGGAGAGAGAUACACACAUUGGCUUCCCCUUCCCGCUUCUUCAGCUAUAUAAAUACCAGCUGUUGACAACUGCGGAUUUUUUUUUCUCCUUUUUCCUUAUUUUUUUCCCUACUCUCUCUCUCCUAGUUUCUUCCUUCUCCGGCGAGGAUUUCCCGGCGAGAGCGCCGACUUUCACUCUUAUUCCUCCGCCUUCCUCUCUUCUGCUCUCUCUGGAUAGAAAGCCGGGUUUCCUUUUUCUGUAUUUCUUGUCUGGAUCAUUUAGAGGAAAAGGGAAAUGGAUGGGUUGGGACUUCGAAAUGUGAGCUCACAUUGCUCGAUCUCUGAGAUGGAUGAUUAUGAUCUGUCUCGGCUUCUUGACAAACCUAAGCUCAAUAUUGAGAGGCAAAGAUCAUUUGACGAUCGGUCUCUCAGCGAGUUGUCCAUCGGCCUUGCUCGGGGAGGUUUGGACAACUUUGAGAGCUCGUAUUCACCUGGUGGAAGGUCAGGAUUUGAUACCCCUGCUUCAUCUACUAGAAACACAUUUGAGACCCACCCAAUGAUUGGUGAAGCAUGGGAAGCUUUGCGGAGAUCCUUGGUGUAUUUUCGUGGCCAACCAGUUGGAACUAUUGCAGCAUAUGACCAUGCCUCAGAGGAAGUUUUGAACUAUGAUCAGGUUUUUGUUAGGGAUUUUGUACCCAGUGCUCUGGCUUUUCUGAUGAAUGGAGAGCCGGAAAUAGUUAAGAAUUUCCUGUUAAAGACUCUCCAGCUUCAGGGAUGGGAAAAGAAAAUAGACAGAUUCAAGCUUGGGGAAGGUGCAAUGCCUGCUAGCUUUAAGGUUCUUCAUGAUCCUGUUAGAAAAACAGAUACCAUAGCUGCUGACUUUGGAGAGAGUGCUAUUGGAAGAGUGGCUCCUGUCGACUCUGGAUUCUGGUGGAUCAUUCUGCUCCGUGCAUAUACCAAGUCAACUGGUGAUCUAUCUCUGGCUGAAACACCAGAGUGUCAGAAGGGAAUGAGGCUUAUUUUAACUUUAUGUCUGUCAGAGGGGUUUGAUACAUUCCCAACUUUACUUUGUGCUGAUGGAUGCUCCAUGAUCGAUCGAAGAAUGGGUAUAUAUGGUUAUCCUAUUGAAAUUCAAGCCCUUUUCUUUAUGGCCUUGAGAUGUGCUCUGGCUAUGCUGAAACAUGAUGCUGAAGGAAAAGAAUGCAUAGAGCGCAUUGUGAAGCGUUUGCAUGCGUUAAGUUAUCACAUGCGGAGUUAUUUCUGGCUUGACUUCCAGCAACUAAAUGACAUCUACCGUUAUAAAACUGAAGAAUAUUCUCAUACAGCUGUAAAUAAGUUCAAUGUCAUCCCCGAUUCAAUCCCAGAUUGGGUGUUUGAUUUUAUGCCCAAACGUGGUGGGUACUUUGUUGGUAACGUCAGUCCUGCAAGAAUGGAUUUUAGAUGGUUUGCAUUAGGUAAUUGUGUUGCAAUUCUGUCUUCUCUUGCCACCCCUGAGCAGUCCAUGGCUAUUAUGGAUCUUAUUGAAUCACGCUGGGAGGAGCUGGUUGGAGAAAUGCCUUUGAAAAUAUCAUAUCCUGCCAUUGAAAGCCAUGAAUGGCGAAUUAUUACUGGUUGUGAUCCAAAGAAUACCAGGUGGAGUUACCAUAAUGGUGGAUCUUGGCCAGUGCUACUAUGGCUGCUAACAGCAGCGUGCAUAAAAACUGGACGACCACAGAUUGCAAGAAGAGCGAUUGAGCUGACGGAGAGUCGUUUGCUGAAGGAUGGUUGGCCGGAAUACUAUGAUGGAAAGUUUGGAAGAUAUGUAGGAAAACAAGCGAGGAAAUAUCAGACGUGGUCCAUAGCAGGAUACUUAGUUGCAAAGAUGAUGUUGGAAGAUCCAUCACACUUGGGAAUGAUUUCACUUGAAGAGGACAAGCAAAUGAAACCACUGAUCAAGAGAUCAUCAUCUUGGACCUGCUGAAAGAAGAAGGAUGAAGAAGAAAGAGGUAUCUGGGUUUUUCAUUUACCUUCCUUUGUAACACUAUUCUUUUACAGUUUAGAUGUGUACGAUACCAUCAUCAAAUCUGCAGUGACUUGGCUUUAUUCGGGUCUUCAAAAAAGGUAUGCGCCUCACGUUUUUGGCACAAAAUUCUACUAAAAGAUAUUCCUUUGUUGAGAUUUACUCAGCCGCUGAAUGAAUUAAUGGCUGCUUGGCUAAAGGGUGAACUUCGUUAAUAUAUGGACUUUUUGGGUCUUUUCUUCCAUUCUGAACUUCAUUAAUAAAUGGCCAUUCUUGUCCACCUAUCCUUUUAUUUACCUA